UUUGUCUUUUGACACCAGAUUAAAAAUGUCUGUUGCUUGAAAUUAUUUUCAACUUUUAAUGCAUUUCUGACAUGCGACAGACACACUUUAUAACGUGUCCUUUAUAAUGUUUCCUUUAUGAAACAUUUCCAAUAUGGAAUGACAUUGGCAUAACUGAAGAUCCAUUCACAAUAUUUAUCAUCUUUUAAAGACUAAAGGAAAAUGUUAUACAGAGGAAAUAUAUAAGACUCUCUCUAAAUCUAUGGUAAAAUUCCUAUAAAAUAUUUGCUCUGACCUGAGAUUAUUAGCAAUAUUUCUGAACAUCUCUUACUGGAGUUUUUGAAGAUGAGUUUGUAGGCAAAUUAAUCUUCAAAAAGCCUUAACAAAAAAGAGUUCUGAGAGAAAGGUAACAGUGGACAGAAAUACAGCAGUGGAAGUAUUUGUAAGAGUAAACUAUAAGAACAAAAGCAGGAAAAAUAUAUAUGGUGGUUUGAGAAGGGAAAUAAUGGAAAAGAAUGAGAAACUUGAGGAAUUUAUUUUACCAGAGAACAUGAUUAAAAAGAGAAAAAAAUUAUAUGACUGUGACGUCUGUAAUAAGACCUUCUCUCAGAAAAGAAAUCUUACUAUGCACAAAUAUAUUCAUACAGGAGAGAAGCCAUAUCACUGUGAUAUCUGUGGUAUAUCUUUUACUUCCAGUGGUAACCUAACUAGACACAAACGUACUCAUACAGGAGAGAUGCCGUAUUGCUGUAAUAUCUGUGGUAAAUCCUUUUCUCAAAACAGUAAUCUAUAUGCUCACAAACGUAUUCAUACAGGAGAGAUGCCCUACCAUUGUGACAUCUGUAAUAAGUCCUUUUGUCAAAAAAGUAAUCUAUAUACUCACAAACGUACUCAUACAGGGGAGAAGCCAUAUUACUGUGAUAUCUGUGGUAAAUCAUUCUCUCAAAGUUGUAAAAUAACUCCACACAAACGAAUUCAUACAGGAGAGAAACCAUAUCGUGUUCAAACCAAAGAGAAGCCCUAUCAUGUUCAUACCAAAGAAAAGCCCUAUCAUUGUGAUGUCUGUGGUAAAUCAUUUUCUCAGAGUAGUCAGUUAACAAUACAUAUACGUAUCCAUACAGGAGAGAAGCCAUAUCAGUGUGAUAUCUGUGGUAAAUCAUUCUCGCAAAAUAGUACCUUAAUUUCACACAGAUGUAUUCAUACAAAGGAGACGCCAUAUCACUGCGAUAUCUGUGGUAAAUCAUUCACUAAACGUAGUGCUUUAACUCCACACAAACGUAUUCAUACAGGAGAGAAACCAUAUAACUGUGAUAUCUGUGGCAAAUCAUUCUCUCAGAAUGGAAACUUAGCUCAACACAAACUUUUUCAUACAGGAGAAAAACCCUUUCACUGUGGCAUUUGUGGUAAAUCAUUCUCUCAAAAUAGCAGCUUAACGAAACACAAACGUAUUCAUACAGGGGAGGAACCACAUUUCUAUGAUAUGUUAACCUCUUAACAUACACAUUUAAAAAAAAAUUCCAUGUAAAAAAUAUAUAUUUUUUAUUAUUUAUUUUGAAUCUGUGUAUAAUGAAGAAUAAGUACACAAAUUAUUUUGGGUCAAUUAUGAUUUAUUAUGAAGUUAAUGAUAGUAAAUGGGAAUAACAUCACAAACGAAUUAUUUCAGGUUAGAAAUAAGUGGCAUAUACCUCAGAGUACAGUGAAUGUAUAUUUUUGUUCAAAUAUAUAUUUACCAGACAUCUCUGGAUGAAAAUAUAUGGGUCAGUAUGUUAAGGGGUUAAAUCAUUCAUUGAAAGGAGUAAAUUAUCUGCACACAAAUCUGUUCAUACAGAAACAAAAGAAAAAAAAGAAAAGUAGUUUGUGUUUUCUGUUUUUUAACUUCUUUUUCCUUUUGGAUAUUCCUGUGUUUUAUGUAAUGGAGAUUCUGUCAAUGAAAAUAAUGUAUUUCCAAAAAUUCCCUUUUUUUCUUUUUUAUUUUGUCUUUUAUCUCCUUUCAGCCAGUCCCCUCACUUCCAUAUCCUUUUCCUUUCUCAUGGUGUAGCGACUGAAACUCCUUUUGCAGGAAAGCCUACACACGAUUCUUUGUUGAAUAUCAUUUCCCCAAUUUACUGUAUAUU